AAUAGCUGAGCGAAAACGUGAGUCUUGGAAAAUGAUUGUUGGGAUACAAUGAGAGAAAUACAGAGUCAAGAGCUUGCCAACUGCACUGCAUGGAUUAGUCAUACCGGUAUCCGUCGGAACAUGAUAGAUAGAUUUAUAGGAUACAGAUUAUAGAAGAUUCCAAGGAAAACAACUACAGAACUAAGGAUGUCAGCGGGAAGAACAAUCCUUACAAACAAUGUCGCUAAAGAUCGAAUGAUCACCAAAUUUCCACAGGCAUUCCAUCCAGAUGCCACUCCAUACCAGAAAAUGAACUUUCAUCCCAAAGUGAGACAGGCAUGUGGUGAAAACAAAACAGGGAGAGUGGGGUUGAAGAUUUGUAAAGCUGUGUUGGUUGGGGAUGUUUCUGUUGGAAAAACAAGCUUAGUCAACAGAUUUUGUCAUGAUGUUUUUGACCGUGACUACAAGGCUACAAUAGGAGUUGACUUUGAAGUGGAAAAAUUCUCCAUCUUGUCUGUUCCCUUUACCCUCCAAAUAUGGGACACAGCUGGGCAAGAGAGAUUCAGAUGUAUAGCUGCCUCCUACUACAGAGGAACUAAUGUUGUUAUGGUAGUGUUUGAUCUGAGUGAUGAGCGGUCGCUGUCUAACGCCUCCCGAUGGAUGGCUGAUGCUUGUGAGAAUGCAGAUGAACCUGUUAAGUUUCUCGUGGGAACAAAGAAAGACAAGUUGUCUCCAGCUGCCUAUGAGAAUGUAGAAAGAAGAGCUGCUGAUAUUGCUAGGACUCUAGGAGCUGAAUACUGGGCAGUGUCCUCUAAAUCAGGUGAGAAUGUUAAUGACUAUUUUUCCCGCGUCGUUUGUCUGACUUUUGAGGCAGCUGUGCUCAGAGAAUUAGAGUCUUCACCUACACAAACCAAACAGAUUGGAAAUGACUUGAUAAGAAUGGAGAAGAAUGACCUAUAUGAAGAAAAGAAAAAGAAAUCUGUAAAAUGUUGCAAUGCUUAGCUUUUAUUCUACUCCUCCAAAAUCUCUGAUUCUAUUCCAAGCCAUGAUUCACUACUUGCCAGAGUCUCCACUGUCUUGGUCAUAUGUAAGCGAUCUUGUAUGAAUUUUCACUUACAAUAUAAAUAAUUGAAUCUCAUCUGUGUAUGGUGUCUCAUGCAUUAUUUAUUUUUACCAUGAUUAUGUGCAUUUAUUUGACUUCAAAUAUCUAAAGGGUACCAUAUACUAGAUUCCUAUUUAAUGAAGAAACAUUUUUAAAACUUUGUUGCCAAAUACAAAAAAAAAUGACUACAUGGUAAUAAAAAAGUGGUUUCAUGGUAAAAACAAAAAGAUUUCAAGUUCAUAAAAGCCCUUAAUCAGUGUUGUAAAUUCAUAUAUAUAUUUAUAUAUGGUCUUUAAAUACCAAUUAUUUUUUUUUUCAGUGCAUGGCACUAAAUUUACAUAUUGUAUGUGUUUACAUUGUUGUAUGAUAAGAAGAUUUCUGUAUCCACAGACUGUGUUUACAUUGUUAUAAGAUUUCUGAAUCUACAGACUGUGUUUACAUUGUUGUAUGAUAAGAUUUCUGGAUCCAUACACUGUGAUUUGUGUUGUAAAGGGGUCUCCCAGAUUUCAGAGAACCGUCCUUUUUUAUCCUGAUAUUGAAUUACUUAACUCUGGAUUAAUUAUAUAUCUUGGGAAUUCAUUUUCAAUUGGUACCUCAUACAUGAAUUAAAGAUUGUUAUGUAAUUUUAUUGUAUAAUGACAUCUUAGCUCAAGAAUUACUAGUAGUUACUACUUAUAAACACAGCAAAGCAAAAAAACCGUCCUCCAUGAUUCCAUGGUAAGCACGCAUCUGUUAACGAAGUAGUUUUCCCCAAGUUUUUUGGUGAAUUUUUAGGUACAAUGUACUUAAAAUCAUACUGUGAAAUCCCUAAUUUUAGUGGAGAGUUUGAUUUUGUGGUUUGAAGAGACCCAUGAAUUCAUGGCCACCAUAAAAUGUUAAAAUUUCAUAUUAAGACAACACUUCACCGAUAAAUCCCAUCAAACUACAUUUUUUCUCAAACCACGAAAAUUUGACUCCACAAAAAUAUGGGAAUUUACAGUAACUGAUAAUUAAUUUCAUUUCUUUUUGAAAUCAAUUUUGUCAUUCCUACUAUUAUAAGUAUUUUCUUUUGCACUGGGGGAAUUAUUGAAACCAUUUAUGCAUGACAUGAUUUGACUAUCUUUUGGUAGUCACACAUUGUGUUGAAAACAAUUUGUUAUGUGAUUUACACAUGAAGUUUUAUUAAACUUUUAUGUUUGAUUAAGAAAAUCAGGGAUGCAUUACCUUGUAUUUAGGUUAUUUACGUUUGAACUUAAGUGUGUUGAAUACAGUGGACAUGUCAAAGGGAGUCCUAUUACCCUUGUAUAUCAUAAAAUUUUUUUAGUUCAAUUGAGUUUGAGGUAAUGAGGUUUAAAUUGAUAAUUUAAUGAAAUAAAAGAAGAAAUAAACAAAAAGUGAAGGAAUAUUGAGUUUACGAUGAGCUAAUUGUAAUUUUGUAGGGUAUUUUGAUAUUGUUUGUUGAUGCUUGUGCUAAAAUUUAAAUGUUAUAGUGCUUGAUUUUGUUCCAGUGUGAAAUGAAUAUUUCUAAAUGCAUUUAUUUUACAUGUUCAAAAAAAGUUGUGAAAUGUUUUAUAUUUAACUAUGCAACUAUAAAUAUUUUGUCCUGGAUAUUUUUUUUCAUGAGGAUUAGC